UUGUAAAGUGUGAUAAACAAAAGAGAGAGAGAGAGAGAAGAGAAAGAAUCAAACAAAGGGGAAGAACAAAAAAGAAAUGGCGUAUAGGAGAAGACAAGGGAUCACAAGAGCUUCAACAUUCAACGACGAUAUCUACAAUCAAACACCUGAUCACGACCACGGCGAUCUCAAAGGUCACUCCAACGGCGGAUCCUCCUUCAGAUCUUCUCAAUCUUUCUCCUCUCAUUCCUCCCUUGCCGCUCAAGCAAUCCGCGCCUCCAAUUCCCACGACGAUGCAACGACGAGGAACGAGAGCCGCGGCUUCUGGGGUAUCCUCGCUCAGAAAGCCAAAUCAAUCCUCGAGGAGGACGAAGAAGAAGAGCAUCAACAACACCAACACCAACAACAACAACGAAACGUCGUCGUUUCAGAGCCCUCGAAUAAUAAUAAUAACAAUAACCCUACGAUACGCAAAAGCAUAGAGAAGAUCACUACGACGAUGAAUCAUAUCGGAGACAGUUUCGAAAAGGGCCGUACGAUCGUAGAGUCUCAGAUCAGGAAGAAAGGAUCAGAUCUAAUGGAGAACGGUCCACGGCAACCGUUAACGCAACCGAGCCCACACGAGUCUCAGCUCAAAGCUUCUCGUGACGUGGCCAUGGCUACAGCAGCCAAGGCCAAGCUCCUCCUACGCGAAUUAAAAACGGUUAAAGCCGACCUAGCGUUCGCUAAACAAAGAUGUUCCCAGCUUGAGGAAGAAAACAAACGGUUAAGAGAUAACCGGGAAAAGGGUAACACCAAUCCAGCGGACGAUGACCUAAUCAGGCUUCAGCUUGAGACGUUACUUGCGGAGAAAGCAAGAUUAGCGCACGAGAACUCUAUCUACGCGAGAGAGAACAGGUUCUUGAGAGAGAUCGUUGAGUAUCAUCAGUUAACGAUGCAGGACGUUGUUUAUAUCGACGAAGGUAUCGAAGAAGUCGCUGAGGUGAAUCCUUCCAUCACUCGAACGCUCUCCAUGGCUUCGUUUUCGGGUGCUUCUGAGUUGCCUGUCUCUCCUUCUCCUUCGUCUCCGGGUUCGCCUUCUCGGCUUUCGGUUUCUACCGAUGUUUAUCCGGUUUUGGUUCAGCAGAGUUCGGCUAGUGAUGUUGUUGAGAGUCCUAAACCGGUUCGACCACCUUCUUUGGGAUAUGCGGAUGAUGGUAAGAGACCAUCGUCUCAGCUCUCUGUUUAGAUUCGAUGAGUUGAUUAUUCUUUAUUACCAUUUUGAUUUGUGUCUUGUGUUCGAAAUUCUUUUGUUUUUAUUAGCAGAAGCGUGUUCUUUUUAUUACCUUGGUUUCAUUUUGGUUCUGUUGUGUAAUAGUUUCUACUUGUUCUAAACAUUUUUGCCCAUGUAAA